AUGGCCUCCUCCCCAACAAUCCUCCUCCUCCUCCUCCUCUCCGCCACCGCCUUAUUUAGCCUCCUAACCCCUCCUGUCUCCGCCGACGACCGCCUGAACGCCGGCCAAUCCCUUAACCCUGGACAAUCACUCGCAGAAGGCACCUACUUAUUCAUCAUGCAACAAGAUUGUAACCUCGUUCUCUACGAUAACGGCGGAGCCGUCUGGGCCUCGGGGACCAACGGACAGGCCUCCGACUGUGUUCUCACCAUGCAAACCGAUGGCAAUCUCGUAAUAUAUAGUAACGGUGAUGCUAUCUGGGCGAGCAACACCAAUCGCCAAGACGGUGAUUAUUAUCUCAUCCUCCAGAGAGAUCGCAACGUCGUCAUAUACGAUAACGCUAACAACGCUAUUUGGGCGACUGGAACUAACGUUGGCAAUGCUGAUGUUUUCGUCAUCCCGCAUAGCAACGGCACAGCGGCGACAUCCGGCGCUGCACAGAACAAGGUGAAGGAGCUGUAUCCUUGA